GAGGGAAGCCCUUUUUAAGAUCCCUGGAUACAGAGAUGCCACCGCCGCCACCGCCGCUCGGCUACGUCGGCUACGUCCUUUGCGCCAUCCUCGCUGCCGCGUGGAGCGGCCCCCUGAUUACCUUCACUCAGGGAAAACCCCUGCAGGUGAAACCGGGGUGUAGAUACGAAGGCCGCAGAUAUCAGGAGGGCGCUAUCGUUUCCACUUCAGAACCGUGUCUGCAGUGUCGCUGCGUCGAGGCCUCGCUGAGAUGUCGUCUUCGUGUCUGCCCGCGAACCCCAAAUCCUACACCGGCCGAGUGCCGCCUCCAGAUUUCUCCGGUCCAAGAAUGCUGCUCGGAGAUCGUCUGCGGUGAAUCGAGACAUGACAAUGAAAAUUCUCUAAGACGCAUAGAUAUCGAACCAGAUGACGUCACAGAAGAAGAUGAAAUUUCGGCAUGUGAACAUUUUCACAACAGUUUCCAAAUAUCGAACAUGCUCUUCAAUCGAUGCCUCUUUGAAGGAGUUCGAUACGGUGCUGGUUCCGCAAUGAUGGCAACUAGACGUUGCGAGUAUUGCUACUGUAUACUAGGCGCACGGCGUUGUGUCAGUCCAAAAUGCCUCUUACCAUUACCAGGGUGCACUCCCCUCUAUGCCCCACACUCUUGCUGUCCAGUCGCCUAUAACUGCACUCACAAUCAGGAUGAAGAGACUUCGACAACGAUGCAAUCGCUGACUUUGAAUGGUUGUCGCGUGGGAAAUCGAGUCUACAACGAAGGCGAGAUGGUGAAGGAUAUUGCAUGGAAGGCACCCUGCGACAACUGCUUCUGUGCCAUGGGAGCCGUGCGUUGUGUGCCACUGGCUUGCGCUCCUCCGCUCCAGGGCUGUAGCCCAAUUGUUAGAGAAGGUCAAUGUUGUCCGUCGACCUACAAUUGCAGUGGAAGUAUUGAGGUGAAGGCUACUCAGAACUACGCCUCGUACGCAUUUGUCAGCAAAGAUUACGCCAAUUUUCGAAAGGAAACGCACUUUCAUCCUGUCGAUAAUCAGAUGAGUCCCAUACUGUCAAACGCAAUUGUGGAGGGCCGAGGUCACAGGAUAAUCGAGGGGGACUCUUACACAACUGAUCCCAAGGACGUGGAGGCCGAGGAUUCUACGUCGUCUGCCUACACGAACGGCGAAGCCUCCACGACGUCAACCUUCGAGACGGACAGCAUGGGGAACGAGAUAUUUCCUGACACGACUGGGGAGCCGGUAAUACCCACGACGUUGCAGAUGUCGAACACUUUUUCGAGUCCUUUUUCCGGUGAGGCGAUCACCAGCUCCGAGGUCUCAACCUUAUCAAAAGAGUCAACCACCGUGCCGGAGACAUCGACGCACGAGCUCAAGGCUCCAGUCAGCACCGUAUCAACGCCGGAAGAAACCACUUCAGCCGAAAGUUGGAGCACCACCGAGGAGAUGAGCACAUCUGCGGGAGCAGAGGGUGAUCCCUUGGAGCAGGGGGUUGACGAAGAGCUGGACUCGACGGAAGCGAUGAUUCGAAGUACUGCAAUGGCAUCCAAUUCGUCGGGACCGACGGAGGAGCCGAUCCUUGGAACGCGGGAGCGCCACAGGGAAGCCGAAACGAUGAAGGAGAAGGUGAUUACCUCGACGCAGGAAGAAUCGGUCACAACUUCUCCCACGACGAUCCUGAUGCCCGACGAUAUUUUCAUGAUGAACGUCACGCUGAAAAGCAACGUUUCCGUCGGCCAAGCUGAGGGGGUGACCAUCACUCCGGUCCGAUCAAUAGCUCCUGACGUUCAAGCCAUUUUGAAUAUAACUCAGAGGGAGAAGGUAGAUGACUACGAUUAUUACAACGAACCAACGCUGCCUCCGUCCCUUCCGAACGUCAGGAUAAUUCCCUUCGUGGCCGCUGAUGCUCUGGUGAAAAACGAAAAGGACACGACCUCCGGUGUCACCGCGUAUCCGUCAGGAUCGGCUGGUGCGAUACGUGAACCUCAACGCACCACCGAAAGCUCCAAUUUUUACGACAUUGUGACCAGAGAAAACAGAUUCAGUCCACCUAUUGAAACAGAAGGCGGAUUCGUCCCCAAAGAUCCACCCUAUUUCGAAGCAUCCUAUCACUCGACCGAUCUGAGCUUGGAAAUUGGCACCGGUGUAACCGUAGUUCCCGCAGACAUCACAAAUCCGAAUAGAAAGGAGGACGGCCCGUCAAUGUCCAGCUGCCACUUUGAUACGAGACAGUAUCGCCACGGAGAAUUCAUUCCUGACAGCGGUUUGUGCGUGAUAUGCAUAUGCUACUACGGUGAGGUCGUGUGCUCUGACGAAAAAUGUCCACCAUUGAAAAUUGGAUGUAGGCGAGUCAAUAGUGACCUUGGAUGCUGUGGCGAAAUCAUUUGCAUCGAUACACCCGAGUCUCCAACGCUGGUGCUGGACCGUGCAGAUGCGACAAUGCCGUCACAACGCGAACCGAUUCAGUCAGUGGAUGGAAUCGCAACACCAGACCCCUUUCGAGAUGUCAUUAAAACAGAACCUGCUCCUGACUUGCCUUCCUUGAUCGAAGACAUGAUACCGUACCUUACCGAGCAUCGGAUCUCCACCCCGAGACCGACAACACCGAUGUCAAACGGCAUAAAGAUAAGCUCUACCAUCCGGAACGGUGACAUCAACCAAGAUCCCUCGCUGAUGGAACCUCCGAUUUACAAUCAUGGUGACCAGAUGAACCCACACAAAGAUGACGAGGUCAUUGUUUCGAACUCACCGACCUCAGUAGCCAAUGAAGUAGGCCAUAAUUCUUUUGUUCAGCAUUUGAAUCAGCCUCUUCAGGAAGUGGGCAAUGAUACCCAGCAUAACGAAGAACAUAACGAUAAAUUCGUGACUCAGAGCUCUUCAGGUUUCAACUAUUCCAAAUACGGUGACAAGGAUGUCAGUUUGAAUAGCAACGGCUCUAUGCAAGAUCUAGGAUUCGAAUCAAACCCAGAAAUCACGGAAUCCAUUCCACUCAAGUCUGAUAAAGCCAAGGAUACUGUGACCAAGUUGUCUCAAGGAGAUUCAAACGACGAAGAGGAUUCGAUGUAUUCCUUUGAAAGCGUUUUUGACCUCUUAUUUUCUGACUCAAAAACGGAAAAACCUGCAGCGCAGGUUUCUAUUCAGCAAGCGGUGUUUUCUACGGGAGAAACCUCCACGAGUCAGACAGUUACCAAGGCUUCUUCAACGCUAACUGCGCUAUCAACGACGCCUUCACCGUCACCGGCCCAGACUGCCAAAUCUUCUGUUGCCAAACCUACCACACUAAUGAUAUUCAAUACAUCGAACAGCGCCCAAGUACGUGACGAAGAUGUGUCUACGAUGGUUGGCAGUCUCCUAAAAUUAGCCGGCUGCAAUAUUUACGGACGAAUGUAUCGCGUUGGAAAGAUCAUUACGGAACUGUCGGGACCUUGCCUCCAGUGCAGAUGCACGGAGGUCGGAGUCCAGUGUAAGAAACUCUCGUGUCGAUAGUUAUAUCACAUCCAACUAACGUGCCGAUUUUUUGACAAAUUUCCAUUUCUUUGAUUGCCAACUGACUUGCCAUAGGAUGCUAAUUAUAUAGGACUUCGUGUGUUUUAUGAUAUAUGUGUAUGAUGCGUUUCAGUUUCGAUAUGGUACAGCUGUGUCGCGUUAUAAAUCUGCUAGCCGAUUAUCCUACGUUAACCUCAUUUCAGGUUCUUUCCAUAUAAACCAUCUCUAUCAUAGACUGACUCGAGUUUUACCAAGACAAUUGUAAACCCUAGAUAUAGCAGCGUAAUCUCACAUCUCUUAGAGCGUUAUCUCCUCACAGCCCGGCGACCAGUCUUAUAGUAAGCGCGUGAUGACUUCAUUUAGCUUUUAUGGAGAUUGUAGAAAUAAAAAGAAAUAAAAAAAAAACUUGCAUUCACUGCCGGAGAGAUAUUUAUAACAUGUGAUUUAAACCGUAUCAGCCAGCACCGAGUUAUUUUUUCUUUUUCUUGUUUUGUUUGUCUCGCCAAAAUUUUAACUACGAUUUAAAACAUUCGUGCUACAUUCUGAAAGAUUCUGCAAUACAAAGGCACAAAUAUGGUUAUAUGUGAUAUGUAACGAAUGAUUGCCGUCCAAGGAAAUUCCAUACUUUAAUAAUAGAACUAGUUUUUAAUUGUUCUAGAUUCGUGUAAGGGAAAGUAUACACAUUAGGGUAGUUCUUAUUAAGGGGGUUGACGAUUUUUUUCCGGGUAACCCUCCAAAUCAACUUCAAAUACUUCAAAAACAAUUCCCUAAUUUUUUUAGUUUUUUUAUUUCAACCCUAACCCGUGCCUGUAAGAGGGUGGAUUUCCCCAUUUUAAAUACAAGUGUUUCGGACAUAUUCUUAGUAUAUAUUUUAUAGUAAGAGUAUACUCAAAAAACAUCUGUAACUGCGAGGUUUCAUUGGGCAUUGGUGCUAAUAUGCGGGAAAAAAUUCACAUUAUCAUACCAUACAAUCUUGAAAAAUUGCACACCGUCGAAAUCCGACUUUUUUCCAUUUAGAGGAAGUGCAAUUUGUCUAGAUUACCUGGUAGGAUGGUGUGAAUUUUUUCUCAGAUAGUAGCACUCAUGCCCGCUAAAACCUCGCAGUUAUAGAUUUUUUUGUAUGUUAUUACUCUUGCAGUAAGAUAUAUGUACUGAGAAUGUGUCCAAAAUACGUGUAUUUUAAAUGAGAAAGUCCUCCCUCUUACAGACACGGAUUAGAGUUCAGGUAAUAAUCUGAAAAAAAUUGGAAACUCUUUUUGAAUUAUUUAAGGUUGACUUGGCGGGCGGUUCGAAAAAAUUCGUUCCACCUUGAUAAGGACCACCCUAAUACACAUACACGUACCAAUUGCAAUCUAGACUAAAUGGGUGGUCUGUAAUGUAUACAUACAUAAUUAGUACAUGGAAUUUUGAUUAUCUGUUUUUGAUCAUGAAUGUAUUUGGAGAGUAUUUAUUCAACCAGUCUUGCGUCACUGAUUUUUUGAAAGACUGUGUAGAACACACAGAAAAGUCUAUAUAUUGACAGCUCUUAUUUGUGGUUCUGGAUUAAAAAUAUGAACUGAAUGCACAUUGGCAAUGAAAAUAUAUUUGUAGCUACAGUUGAUUGUUUCGAAUUUCCAUACUCUCCCUGCAAAACUAUCUCAGCUGGCAGCUGUGGAGUUGGGAUGUGAAAUAAACCAAGAUGUCUUCAGUCUGGCAAACGUCUCGUCGACCUUCGUUUAUCUGUGUUCUCCCAACAUGUUUGCAUACAUCGCACGCGUCUCUUCGCACACAGUCCGAUGCCAUUGCAAUCUAUCGUUUGCUGAAUACCGUAACACGCGCAUGCGCACUCAUACCCCACAGUACCGGGUAAUUUGAUUGUGGAUUCGGCGCGUUUUCUCAAAAACUCAAAUGAACCUUGCUACAAAGUCUAGGGAACAGAAGCGGUGGCAAAAAAGUUUAUUCAACAUUUUUAACUAAUGAUAACUGCACCAAGAAAAGUUUGGCGUAUAAUUUCUCGGAUUUUGUCACACUUGAACUUUGUUUCGCGUGACAUGAUUUUCAUGGUAGAUAGGGUACUCGAUAAACACUUAACCCUCCGUGGUCACACCUCCUGGCUGCAACAUGCUGGUUAAAAUAACGUCAAAAAACUUUCAUAGAUUAAGAGGCAAAUUUUGUUACACAUAAAUAAAAUGAAGUGGUGAAAAUGAUCUGAAAGGUGUAUAAGUCUCAAAAAUGACUUUCUUUAUAGGAAAAAUUGUUUUAAUUUCUUUAAUUCAUUCAUUAACUUUUGCAUUUUUUUCAAAUAUUUCUUCAUAAAAUUUCUGGUAGGUGCUCUUCAAGUGUGAUGGAUUUUCGGAAAGAAUACCUAGAUAGUGAGCGAUCUAACAGUGAUUUAUUCCGAGAUCUGAGGAAGUUCUACUUUGGAGGAAAGUAAAAAUGGAUGAUCAUGAAAAAAAUUGUAUUUUGCCUCGCUCAACCACAUCAGCUUGUACUGAUUUAGCGUUAAAGUUGUGAGCGGGGUCGCAUUGACCCCGGGUGAUCAGUGAGUGUUAAUCGCAGAAAUUCGAUACCUACAUAACGAGUAUGUAAGCGAGAUUUGUUUUGGUUUAUGUAUACUUAACAAGUAUUCCCGAACAAUUAUUGUAUAUUUCAAAAAAAUAUGAUUGAAAAAUGGAAAACCGAAAUGAUGUUUACAAAAUGUGUGUAUACACUAGCGUAUCUUUGUUGCAGUGACGUGGAACCCAUGCAUGAAAUUGAUGUUAACACUAUUUAUAUACAUUAGAAAUAUUCAAUGUAAGAUAACUUUAAGGUUAGGUAUCCAAUGUAGUGAAAUGAGGCAAUUCAACUUUGUGAGAGAGACGAACGAAUUCUAUUGAGCUAACAAUGAGUACAAUCUGAUAUUAUGCUUUCGUACUAGUUCUAGAAAAAAUGUAUUUAAACAAUGAAUUUUUAACUCCGAUUGUAGGAUUUUUUGCCGUUACAAUUUCGAAUAUUCGGGCAAUUCUGGGUUUUCAACAAUUCUCGAUUAUUCCAAGUGGAUAUUAGAUAGUUGUGUUGUUCAUUAUCUUGCAAAAUAUAUUGAUUUUUACUCAAUUUGGAUGCCGUCUUCCAGAUUUCUAUAAGAUUUAAGCGAUGACCUGAGAGUCUCGCUGAAAUGUUCCGAAAACUUCAUUUAAACGAAAUUCAGAAAAGUUAUUCCAUGUAUAGUUUUCUUUUAAAUGGAUUUGGAUUUUGGAAAGUGGAGAUGAAUAACGAUUUUGGGAGUUUCAGGAAACUUAUAGUGAAGUCUACAUGUUUCACGAAAAAUAGAAUGAAACGUUGUAUUCACGAAUUUCAGGUCGUACUUGGCUAUUACAGAAAACUUCUGGUGUUAUGUAAAAUCCAACUUUACUUUGGAAUAUUUUAUAUUUAAUUCUUUCAAAUCUCAUAUAAAAUAGUAGCAACCUUUUGAAAAUACGAUAAAAGUAGCUGUUUCACCUCGUUAUAAGUAUUUCGGACUUUAAUUCUUUGGUAACAGAUAACUCAGCUCUCCCAUCAGUCGUUAUAAUACUGCAAAUCGAUGGUCACUAAUAGUGGGUUAGACUAAUUGCGUGGCAAACUACACACGGAUCGGAAAUUUCCCACUUUUCGGACUUCCAACGCAAUGUACUAUUUUCUCAAGUCCUUGAUCGUGAAGAUCGUCUAUUACGGAUGACGAGUUUAAGUAGUAAUGAAAACUGAGAGGACUUCGAUCUUUUAUUUAAACAAUCUAUACUUCGGGACAGAAAAAGCGACUGACCAGUGUUUAUUCAAAGUCUCUGUAAACAAUACUGCCACUGGAAAGCUUGCAGUGAAUUCAAGAAUCAGUUAAAGAUAUUCGUACAGAAUGUUUCAGUCCUUGGAACAAAUUCCAAAUAAAUAUCUUCAAUGGGAUAGUCGCAAAUUCGAUUAGUUAAAAGUUUGUUUUUCACCUUUCGGUGAUUUUAAAUGUGAAACAAUUUAAAAAAUUCAACUAUCUCACGUAACCGAAGUUAUUACGUUUGAAUUUUCUCAAAACGAACAGAACUGUAUGCCCCUGACUUUCGACCAAUUUCUGAUUCGUUCAAACAGUUUAAUGCUUCUUGAUACGAGCUGGAUUGCCGUCCACAACCCCCAGCGACUUUCCGGGACUCGGAACGACUUCCAAUGACGCUAAACAAGUUGGAAGACCCCUCUAAUGUCCGUCUAAAACUUUGAGCCAACUGCAAUAAGGUUUUCCCCGAGUGUUCACUGACAACGGUAACUUGGGAGAUUCGUAGCGAUUUUGGAUAGCCGUAAGUGCUCGGGGACUUGAAAUAAAUUGAACUGCAGGUUAUUGACAGUUAAAACGACAUGCCUGGAUCAUUCUUCGGUGAAAACCUGCUUUCAUUGAAGUUUUGGGGAUCCGUUUGGCUCGAUAGCGUUCGUUCUAUCUCAACAUACAUUAGGGGCGGAAUUCCUCGAGUGUACCAGGCCAAAAAAAAGUUAUCCGAUCGGGCUGAAAAUUGAUUUACUAAAAAUUGGAAAAGAACCCUAUUGAGAACGUUUUAGGUGAAUUUUUCUUUCCGCAUCAGGAAAAAAGUCACAAGCGUUUGAAGAUAAGGCUUUGUAACGAAAGCUAAAAAUAUGUACCUCCUCCACCUCAGUCUUUAUUUCUCGAGGUAAAUAAAUUUUUGGUGUGAGUAGUACCGUCCCGUAAGCCAACAAUUAGCCAGAUUUUCAGCCCUUCGGAUAACUUUUUUCGGGACUGGUACACUUGAGGAAUUCUGCCCCAUAUUACUAUUAUCACGAUUAUUGAUAUUAUUAAUAAUAUUACAUAGAUUAACGUACAAGUCAAGCUGUAAGAACGAUCUCAAUAGUAAUCAAGUUUACGUAGCUGAUUAAAUUCUCCAGUUAUACAUAUACACGGCAUCCUAAGCACGAGCAGUUUUAUACAAUUGAUUAUAUAGGUACUACAUACGCACACAAACAUGAAUCAUCAAAUCCAGUAAUAAUUCACAUUUAUACAAGUAUGAUUUAUCGUUUCAACUGUAUCCCACAUAUUGAUUGUUUAUUGAUCAAUUCACACGUAACUGCUAUUAAACUCCCAGCCAGCUAAAUAUAUCGCUCAGAUCAUAUUAGGCAUGUACACAUACAGUGGGCUGUUUUACUCCACUCGAUCAUCGUCUGACCUUGACAAACUUCAAGUUGUUUCAAGUUUUUUUAACAUUAUGCUUUCUACUUUGAGAACCAUGUAGAUAUCUCUUCAAAGUUCAUUUUUCAAUGUCAAAUCAUAACAUCCGCUGCAACAAGUUUUCGAAAAAUUCGUAAAAGUUCAACGACUAAACAAUAAGCUUAAUAAGACUUUUCCGGUAUAACCGCAAUUCCCUUCACUUUCUGUGUUCUUGCACAAUUUUUUUAUUUUUUUUUUUUACGUCACGAAAUGUUGAGAUCCACUGAAAAAUUAUAUGAACAAAAUGGAAAUAAAACUUUGAUAUUUGUAUUGAACUUCAAAAGUUAGAAUUUUUUGGCGAAACAUUUUAUUUGGAAAAAUGUAAAAGCGUUUGAGAAAAUUUGGCUGUAUAGCGAAAAAGAAAACUAUCGCUAAUGGAAUCUUAAGUCUUGUUUCGAGUUGCCAUGUUGUCGGUGUUUCUUUCACAACAGCACACGGAGUAGUUAUGAAUUCAUCUAUGGAAUUGUUUGUAAAAAUGAAAAUCUGUGAGAAAUCUGAAAAUUUCUCACACCGAGAACAAAGAUAUAUGAACGUGUGUAAUAAAGUCGAAACAGUCUAGAUUCGAAGUUGGUUGAGUGUUGUGAAAUAUCCGACAUGUACACACAUAUAUUAUAUAUAUAUAUACACAGAAAUAGCAUACUUAAUCGUAAAUUUUAUACCCAUUGUAUUUUCUUACCCUCUAUUACAUUGUGAUUUUUCAAUCUUCUUUUUAUUUUUUUUUUAUAAGUGUAAGUUAAUAGAAUAGAGCAAUUAUUGUCACCCUAUGAAAAUGGUUUUCAACAGUUCUCGUGGUUUAUUUUUUAUUUAUUUAUUUUUUUUUUGCCAAUCCUUGUGGUGAUUAGUUUAUUUUGUUUUUCAUCAUAUUUUGUAAAAUGAAUUCUCUCAUGUUUCUAUUUCUGUAUGUUAUAACAAUAUUUUCGAACAGUUUUUCUACUUUUCCAUGAAAUGCAUUAAUAUAUGUACAUAUUCCAACGUAUGGGGAAUUUCCCAUUCUUAAAAGAAUUUCAUAAUGGGCCUUGCCACGUAAAAUUUUGUUUGUUAUAAAGUAGAGAAUUAAAAUAAAACAAAAUAAAAAAAUAGAUCCCACUCUUUAAUUUUUAAAUU